UCUCUGCCCCCCCCGCCCCGACAGCCACUGAGCCCGAGCUCUUACUAAAAUACUUUAUUAAUUGCAGCCGCAGUAAUUAACAUCCCCCCUUGAUGAACAUCUUGGACCCGCAACAAAUAUGCAGGCCUCCAGCCUUGGCAGGAGCUGCAAAGGAUUCUGGGAAACACCAGGAGGCCAGGGCAGCAAUGGCAAUGCCGACGACAGGGCUGGUUGCCGCGGCGACCCCGCAGACUCGGCCCCAGCGCUGGGAGGUGCGGAGCCACCAGGUCCUGCCCGGGCCUGGUGCCGCAAAGGAUUGUGGGACGGCAGCGGCCAUCUUGGCAGUGGGCACAGGGAUGGCAGUCGUCGCGGACAUGGGCUCCAACAGGGGCAGCAAGGCAGCAAUCUUGGCAGCGGGUGCAGGGAAGGCGGUCGUCGUGGACACCGUGGGCCAGAAGGCGGCCAUCUUGGGACGGGGUGGGGAAGCCAUCUUGGCGCCAGGCCCCGCACCCACCUUGAGGGCCACAGAGGCAGCCAAGCCAAGGGCCCCGAUGGCAGCCAUCUUCAGGAAGGCCAAGCCAGCCAAUCCUGGGACCAAUACAGCAGCCAUCUUGGACACGGAUGUGGCGGCCAUUUUGGAAGUGGCCAAAGCAGGUGGGCGCUCAGUGGCAGCCAUCUUGGAUACCGCCCAAGCUGCCACCCUGAUGGUCCAGAAGGCGGCCAUCUUGGAAACGGCCCACCUGAGGGCCAACAAGGUGGCCAUGGUGGAAGAGGGCAAGGCUGCCACAUCAGUGAUGGGCCAGGCGGCCAUCUUAAAAAUAAACCCAGACACCAACCUGAGGGCCAACAAGGCAACCAUGUUAGAAGCUGACAAGGCACCCACCCCAGGAGUGAAUACGGAUCAAUCAACCACCCCGUGGGUGGCCAUUUUGGAAACAGACAUUGCAGGCACCUCAGCGGCGGGCAUGGCAGCCAUCUUGGAAGGGGGCCAGGCAGCCCUGUUGGAAAGGGACGAAGCAGCUAUGUUGGAGACCUGGCGCCAGCGUUUCCGGGGCUUCCGCUACGAGGAGGCCCGGGGCCCACGGGAGGCCUGUGCCCGCCUACGACAACUCUUCCACCAUUGGCUGGCACCUGAGCAGAGGCCCCGGGAGCAGGUGGUGGAGCUGCUGGUGCUGGAGCAGUUCCUGGCCAUCCUGCCCAUGGAGACGCAACGGUGGGUGCGGGCACGUGGGCCCUGGACCUGUGCCCAAGCAGUGGCCUGGGCUGAGGCCUUCGAGCGGGGGCGGCCGGACGCCGGGACCCAGGGCCCCGAGACGGUGGUGUCGUUCGAGGACGUGGCCGUGCGCUUCUCCCCGGACGAGUGGCACCUCCUGGACGACGGGCAGCGGCGGCUCUACCGGGACGUCCUGCGGGAGAACUACAGCCAUGUGCGGUCACUGGGGUUCCCUGUCCCCGACUUGGCCGUCAUCUUCCGGAUGGAGCGAGGCGAGGAGCCGUGGCCCCCAGGCCUCCCUGCAGGUACCAAGAGUGACAACCAAGAGGAGGAGAGGGCCAUGACUCCAAGACCUCCAGCAUCCCAGAAUCCUCCACCAGUGGCAGAGCCCUGUGGGACCCUCCUAUCCCAGCACCCGGCACACCUGCACCACCCCCCGACGUGCCCCAGUUGUGGCAAAACCUUCUGGCACCGCGAUAGCCCUUCCCGGAGUGCCGGGUGCCCCAGGACCCCCGCCCCCGCAGCACCCAAAGCCACUGGGAGUCCCCACCUGGCCUGCCGGGGCUGGAUCCGGUGCGAUGGCUGCUGCCGGGGCCUUGUGGGCGUGCACCUUUGUCGCCGUGGUGGGGGCUCCCAAGGGAAGGCGGCCGAGGACGAUGCACGCACGAGAGAAGAGCACCAGGAGGACCCAGACCUAAGCUCGGCGCUUAAGAGUGGGCACGAAGCUGAGCGCGACAUCCGGGACCCUGCUGGCUGCCCGGGGAUGAGAUUGAGUGCCCUGGAGGCUAUCGGCUGCGGACCCGGCGAAGGAGAGAUGGUAGAGGGUCCCGGUGUGGCUGGGCCCACCGGAGAGGGCAUGCCAGAGGGCGGAGGGCUCGGCCUGGAAGAAACAGGGCCCCAAACACCAGCCAUGCCCCGGCGCUUCCAGUGCGGGGAGUGCGGGAAGAGCUUCGUGCACGGGUCGAGCCUCUCGCGGCACCGGCGGCGGCACGCCCGGGACCCCGCCUACCCGUGCCGGGACUGCCGGCUGGCCUUCCCCACGCCUGGGCGGCUCCAGCAGCACCGGCGCGGCCACCUCCGGGCCACUGUCCCCCACCAGUGCCCCGAGUGCGGGAAGCGCUUCGGCUACCGCUCCAAGCUGGCCCGGCACCAGCGAACGCACACGGGCGAGCGCCCCUACCGCUGUGGGGACUGCGGCAAGGCCUUCGCCGAUGCCUCCACCUGCCUGCGGCACCGGCGCGCCCACCCUGGCAGCCCCCGGGCCCUGCCCCCGCAGUGGGAGGGCACUGGGGCUGGGGUCGACUUGUGCAAGGAGAGUGCCGAGCUCCCCUUGGUCAUGGAAGUCAACAGCAUUGAGGAAUUGGCCAAUGGAGAGGACAGCCAGAAGGGCAUCAUGGGGCUGUCGGGCAGGCAAGGGCUCAUCCCAUUGGUCAUGGAAGUCAGUGGUGGUGAGCAGCUGGCCAAUGGGGAGGAGAGCCAGAAGAGCAUCAUGGGGCUGUCGCCCAGACAGAGAGUCCUCCCGUUGGUCAUGGAAGUUGACAGAAUUGAGAGGGCAGCCAAUGGGGACAAGAGCCCAAAGGGCAUUGUGGAACUAUCGGCCAGGCAAGGACUCAUCCCAUUGGCCAUGGACGCAAACGGCGCUGAGGCACUGGCCAACAGGGAAGGCACCCAGGAGGGCAAAGCAGAGCCCAGCCUCACGGGCGACCUCCCCCCGAGCAGGAUGGACCCCCCGCCCUUGGCCACGGAGCGCUCAGCCAACGAGAUCCCAGCGUUUCCCACCACAUGGCGCCUUCAUCAGGUCACAGCGGGGCCCGGGCCUGGAGAAGACAUGUCCGCCCGGGAGGGCCUCCAAUGGCCAGGGAGACCCGUGGCGACCCAGGAGGAUGUGGAAGGUGUGUCUGCUACUGCGGGCACCUGGGAGGACAAGAGCAUCUACCUCAGGCCAGGCGAGGAGGCCACCCGCGGCCACGACCCAGCAGGCCCGGGUCUCUCCCCAGCGCCCCCCAAACGUUUCCGAUGCGGGGAGUGCGGGAAGAGCUUCGUGCACGGGUCGAGCCUCUCGCGGCACCGGCGGCGGCACGCCCGGGACCCCGCCUACCCGUGCCGGGACUGCUGGCUGGCCUUCCCCACGCCUGGGCGGCUCCAGCAGCACCGGCACGGCCACCUCCGGGCCACUGUCCCCCACCAGUGCCCCGAGUGCGGGAAGCGCUUCGGCUACCGCUCCAAGCUGGCCCGGCACCAGCGAACGCACACGGGCGAGCGCCCCUACCGCUGUGGGGACUGCGGCAAGGCCUUCGCCGAUGCCUCCACCUGCCUGCGGCACCGGCGCGCCCACCCUGGCAGCCCCCGGGCCCUGCCCCCACUGGGGGUUGACCUGUGCAAGGAGGAUGCUGAGCUCCCAUUGCUCAUGGAAGUCAACAGCGUUGAGGAGUUGGCCAACGGAGAGGACAGCCAGAAGGGCAUCAUGGGGCUGUCGGGCAGGCAAGGGCUCAUCCCAUUGGUCAUGGAAGUCAGUGGUGGUGAGCAGCUGGCCAGUGAGGAGGAGAGCCAGCAGAGCACCACGGGGGUGUCGGCCAGGCAGGGAUUCCUCCCAGGCAUCGUGGAAGUCAACGGCAUUAAGCGCUUGGGGGCCGAGCGGGUGCGGAGCCAGGGGGAUGUCUUGGGGCUGUCGGCCAGGCCUGGGCUCCUCCCACUGGUCGUUAAAGUCAGUGGCAUCGAGGGGUUGGCCAACGGAGAGCCCAGCCCAGUAGACAACCUGGCCACCGGCAGGGCGGCCAUCAUAGCUAUCAAUGGCUUGGCCAACAGGAAGGCAGUCGCUGCCACCGCCGGGGAAGACUUGCACACUACAGAGCUCCUCCAAGAGCCAAUCCGGAGCCUUGGCCCCGCCCCAUGGGCCCCUCUCCCCGCCCCCCGGCCCCUCCCACCCACAGUCGCCAAGCGCUACCGGUGCAAGGACUGCGGAAAAACCUUCAUCCACAGCUCCAGCCUGUCGCGGCACCGCCGGCGGCACGCCCGGGACCAGCCCUACCCGUGCCGCGACUGCUGGCUGGGCUUCUCCACGCCGGGCCGGCUCCAGCAGCACCAGCGCGCUGGCUGCGGGGAUGCCACCUACCCCUGCCCGGGGCACACGCCUGACCUCCUCCGCCCCCCGGAGCUGCCGCAGCUCCUGUUGUCCAGCCCCGCCCGCGCCGCCGGCAUGGAGCCGGGGCACAAGGACGCCCGCGCCCCCGGCACAGGUGUAUCCAUCCACACUUACUGCGCUUUAAUUUUGGUAACCGAGAACGACCGUGCAGUGCAGGCGUGCAACCACACACGCACGCCCGUACUGCGCAGGGCCUCGGACAACUUACACCAACAGCCAUGGCCCGCGGUGGCCGCCCCCACCCCCCCGGCCCCGGGCACCGGGUCACGGCGGGGCCCGGGAGAGCGCCCCUUCGCGUGCGGGGACUGCGGCAAGGCCUUUGGGCAGUGGUCGAAGCUGCAGCGGCACCGGCGGGUGCACACGGGCGAGCGCCCCAACACCUGCCCCGACUGCGGCAAGGGCUUCACGCAGAGCUCGCACCUGGUCCAGCACCGGCGCACGCACACGGGCGAGAAGCCGUACCGCUGCGCCCAUUGCGCCAAGGCCUUCAGCUGGAGCUCCAACCUGGCCCAGCACCUGCGCACCCACACCGGUGAGAAGCCCUACCAGUGCCGUGACUGCGGCAAGGCCUUCAGCCAGAGCACCAACCUCAUCAAGCACCAGCGGUCGCACACGGGCGAGAAGCCGUACCGCUGCGCCGCCUGCCCCAAGAGCUUCUACCGCAGCUCGGACCUGCUGCAGCACCAGGCCACGCACUCGGGCGAGCGGCCCUUCAAGUGCCCGACCUGCGGCAAGGGCUUUACGCAGAGCGCUAAUCUGGUGAAGCACCGCAAGAUCCACGCCGGCGAGAAGCCCUUCCGCUGUGGCGACUGCGGCAAGACCUUCAUCCAGAGCUCGGAGCUCAUCCAGCACCAGCGCACGCACACGGGCGAGAAGCCGUACGAGUGCCCCACGUGCCGCAAGUCCUUUGGGCACAGCGCCACGCUGGUCAAGCACCAGCGCCUGCACAUGGGGGUGGAGCCCUACCAGUGCCCCACCUGCCGCAAGACCUUCGGGCUCAGCUCGGCUCUGGCCCGGCACCAGCGCAGCCACACGGAGGCCCGGCCCCACGCCUGUGCCGAAUGUGGACAGAGCUUCAGCCUGGCCUCCAACCUCACCCUGCACCUCCGCAUCCACCGCGGGGAGAAGCCAUACCGCUGCGGGGACUGCGGCAAGGCCUUCGGCAUGAGCUCCACCCUCAUCCGGCACCAGCGCAUCCACACGGGGGAGAAGCCCUACCAGUGCCCCGACUGCGGGAAGAGCUUUGUGCGCAGCUCCCACCUGGUCCAGCACCGCCGCACGCACACGGGCGAGAAACCGUACCGGUGCCGCGAGUGCGGCAAGCGCUUCUCCCAGAGCUCCAACCUCAUCACCCACGAGCGCAUCCACAUGGAGGAGCGGCCCCACGUCUGCCGGUCCUGUGGCGACCGCUUUGCCCGGCCUGAGGAGCUGCGCCAGCACCGCCGUGGGCAGCACGGCGAGGCGGUGGAGGAAGAGGACGACGAGGCGCCAGCCGUGCUCAUCUGUGGCGGGUGCGGGCAGAGCUUUGGGGACCAGGUGGCGUUGACACGGCACCUGGAUACCCACCAGGAUUGCCGGGAGAGGCCGGGCCCUGAUCGGGACCGGGAGAUCCCACCUGGGGCUGUCCAGGAGUCGGGGGAAGUCCAGGAGAUCCUGCCCGGUGAUGCCGUGGAGUCCAGCCAGAUCCAACCGGGAGGUCCCUGUGGGGUCAGCGAGGUCCAGAAGAUCCAAUCAAGGGGUCCCCGGAGGUCACGGGAAGGCCACGACCUCCAGCCCAGCGACGGAGGGACCGGUGGAGACCACUCAACGUUGACGCAACACCUGGACAUUCAUGAGUCUUGCCAGGCCACACCAGGGCCCCAGUCAGAGAGCCCAUUGGGGUCCAGCCAGGCCCAAUCGGAUAGUCCCGUGGGGCCCGACCAAGCUCCGAAGAUCCAAUCCAGUCUCAUUUGCAACGCAUGCGGGGAGACUUUUGGAGACCACGCAACGUUGACACAACAUCUGGACGCUCCCAAGUCUUGCCCCUUGGAGAGGGGGCAAGCAGGGGCUCUUGUGGCAGCUGGGGAAGCCCGGCAGGCCCAACCUGGAAGCCCAUCAAGCCCUGACCAAUGUGGCCUCAUCUGCGAUGGAUGUGGGGAAAGCUUUGGAGACCGACUGACAGCACCAGCGUCGUGCUGGCUGCCCACGAUGGUAGGAUCCCCGGUGCCCGGAGAGGUCGAGGACAGGGGGAGCCGACCCCAGGAGCUCUUAGAGGGGACGUUUGCAGACCUCCUGCCCCCGCCCCCACGCCGGGAGCCCGGGGGGGCCCCUGCGCCGUGCCCCGGGUGCGGGGAGCUGUGCCGCGACGCGGCGGACCUGGCGCGCCACCACAUCGGCCACAUGCGCGAGAAGCUCUUCUCCUGCCCUGACUGCUCCCGGACCUUCGGGGACAUCGCGGCGCUGACUCAGCACCAGCGCGACCACAUCCGCCAGCGGCUCGGUAGCACCGGGGCACGGCGGGAGACCCCCAAGAUGGCUGCCCGCCCCGCCAAGAUGGCCGCCCUCCGGCGCCGCGAGAGCUUCCCGGGUCACGACCCUUGCCUCGCCGUCUCCACCGCCUUCGGGGACGACGGAGGGGACCCGGCUCCAGAGCCCCGUGCCCAGGGCGGGGGCCAGGGGCCGGGGCCGCGAGGGGCCGGCGCGGGGCGGAAGCGCCUGCGGGAGGACUCCGUGCUGCUGCGGCACCUAAGGAACCACGUGGGGGACGGGCCGUGAGGGCGCCGGGCCGGGCGGGCGGGCGGGCGGGGGUGUGCCCCGCCGGAGGGCAGGGGAGGGUAGCUGGGGGGGCAGAGUAGGCCGUGGGGCAAGUAGGGGUAGGACGCGGAGGGGAGACGGGGCCGGGCCGGUAGAGACGCCGCACGGCGCCGCGUGCUCCUGUCGCCCGCCCUGUGCACUGCCACCACCACCGCCAGCGCCCGGGACAGGACGGCGGGGCGGGGCGGGGCGGGGAGAGCCGCCUGGGUCGCCGCCCCGCUCCGCUCUGCGCGUGGCGAGCCUGACGGGGCGCGGCGGCGGCGCGGGGCAGAGUGGCGGCGGCGGGCGAGGGCACCGGGCCGAGGACCUGUGUCCUUCGACCUCCGUGCGAGCUCCCGGGGAGCCUCCAGCAGCAGCGCGGCGGUGGCGGGCGGUGCGGUGCGGUGCGCUCGUGUCUCCUCAUUAAAGUCCUGCUGACGGCA